GAAACAAGAACAGACCCCUUCCCUGCCGCCCCCAGUAAAAACCUCCAAACAACCAUAUAAAUUCACAUCAAAUCUCCCCUCAUCUCAUCCCAAACUCCCCGGAAAUAGUUUUGCAACCAUCCCACCAACCUGGGCGAACACACACAUAUAUAGAGAGAGAGAGAGAGAGAGAGAGAGACAUCGAUCAGAAUACACAACCACAUCUCCAGAACCCAUUUCAAACAAAUCAUAAUGCAUAGAACCCCCUCAAACUCUUAUCUGGGGCUAGAAGUAGCCCCAGCCUUCUUCAAGCCCAUCCAACAAAUGGCCCCACCUUCCCCAACCAAACGCCACACCAAGAUCACCGUCGUCGGAACCGGCAACGUUGGCAUGGCCAUUGCUCAAACCAUCCUCACACAAGACCUUGCCGAUGAACUUUCCCUCGUCGACGUCAACGCCGACAAGCUCCGUGGCGAGAUGCUUGACCUACAGCACGCCGCCGCCUUCCUCCCACGCACCAAAAUCCUCGCCUCCAUCGACUACUCUGUCACCGCCGGUUCUGACCUCUGCAUCGUCACUGCCGGUGCCCGUCAGAUUGUCGGUGAGUCCAGGCUCAAUCUGCUUCACCGCAAUGUAGCCCUCUUCUCAAAAAUCAUUCCCCAACUCGCGAAGUACUCCCCAGAUGCGGUACUCCUCAUCGUGUCUAACCCAGUCGAUGUCUUGACUUUUGUGGCCUGGAAGCUUUCUGGGUUUCCCUCGAAUCGAGUGAUUGGAUCGGGUACCAAUCUCGAUUCCUCCAGGUUUCGGUUCCUCAUCGCUGAUCAUCUCGACGUCAAUGCCCAAGAUGUUCAGGCUUACAUUGUUGGGGAACAUGGAGACAGUUCAGUUGCGCUUUGGUCUAGCAUAAGCGUUGGUGGAGUGCCAGUGUUGAGCUUCCUAGAGAAGCAACAAAUCAACUAUGAGAAGGAAACACUGGAGAAUAUGCAUAAAGAAGUCAUAAACAGUGCCUACGAGGUGAUUCGUCUCAAGGGCUAUACCUCAUGGGCGAUUGGGUACUCUGUGGCUAGCCUUGCUCGAACGUUGCUUAGGAACCAGAGGAGGGUUCACCCUGUUUCAGUCCUUGUUAAGGGCUUUUAUGGGAUGGAUGAAGGAGAGGUGUUCUUGAGCUUGCCUGCUCAGCUUGGUAGGGGAGGGGUACUGGGUGUGAUUAAUGUGCACUUGACAGACGAAGAGACAGAGCAACUCCGUGACUCUGCUAAGACCAUCGCGGAGUACCAAAGCCAGCUUGGGAUCUAGGACGCUGCAAGCUUUACUAUUGAUCUUCUGUUCGUCUGGUUUCCGGGUUUCUCUUGUUUUUGUUUUUUUAUUCGCAGAUUGCACUCCCUUCUUUGGCAUUCUUUUCAUGGAAUGUUGAUAUGAUCAUGUUACAAUCUGACUAGUCAGUAUUAUUAUAAUGUUUUUUUCCACAGA